GGGCGUUCAGGCGGUCUCCAUCUUUCUCAAAGCGAAAAAAUUUCACAUUUUGAACCCCAGAAAAAACAGAGAAAAAAGUUGCAGAAAUGGGGUUAGGGUUUGUAGAGGUUACUGAAAGAGGAGAAGCAGGAAAACCUUAUUUCGACCAUGAAAAUGGCGAGGAGCUUAUGCACGUCGAACCAGAAAUAGCUCUGGUUUUCGGCACCAACCCUCCUGAAUCGCCUGGCACUCUUUACAUCUCUUCAAAGAGAGUGGUUUGGUUAAGCGAUUUGGAUAGGCGAAAGGGGUAUGCUGUCGAUUUUUUGUCUGUUUCUUUGCACGCGAUCUCGAGGGAUCCAGAGGCUUAUCCUUCACCAUGCAUUUAUGCUCAGAUUGAGACAGAAGCUGCUAGUGGUGAAGAAGAUGAUUCUGAUACCUCAGACACUGAACCUGAUCGGAAGUUUGAGCUGUCAAAGGUCACAGAGAUGCGCCUUGUGCCAUCAAAUCCCAGCCAUUUGGAUACGUUGUUCAAUGUUUUCUGUCAGUGUGCUGAAAUGAAUCCUGACCAAGAUGAAGAGGAUGGAGAAGACGCUGGCUGGGUUUUUGGGGAUGAAGAGGCAGGGGAUGAUGAUGCAGCUUUAGAUGAAGACUCAGGUUGGUGUUUCUCUGAAAAUUUUGCCAAUCCUAUCGGUCACUCAAAUGGAGUGAAGGAUAAUGACCUUUCACGUACCAUACUUGAGUUCCAAAUUGAUGAUCAGCGAUUUGAUGAUGCUGAGGAAAUGGAAAAUGAUACCCAUGCUGACAGUCGUCGAUGACAACAUCGCUCUCUCUCUCUCUCUAGCACCAGUGGUUUGCUAGAGAUCCCUAAGGCUAUACAUUGGAGCCACAUUUUCUUUUUAGUUCGGUAAUCUAAGAAAUUAAAAUUCAGUUGUUGACCAGUAAUGCUGUUAUAGAAUACACUAUGCAAUAGCUAGUGCAGCCAUUGGUUAAAACAGUUGGUUCAACAUAGGUCUUGGUUGAACCAAAUAUGUAGAAAAAGGGUAGAAACAAUGGAGGCCUGGAAUUUUGAAUUUUAAUCUAGGGUUUUUUUUUUUGCUAGUGUAAUCAAGGGUUAAUUUAAUGAGCUGAUAUUUUGGUUCAUGUUCUUGAUGUGGAUUUGUGUAACUAAUCCAAAACAAAGUGGGUCUUGUA